AUGUCAGCCAAAGUCGCAAACGCAAACCGCUCACACCCUCUUCAUCCUUUCCACUCCAAUCCUCUGCAGACUCGAGAAGAUGUUGUUGCAGCCGUCGCGUCAUUGCUCGAGCCCCUCCAUGGUGGGGCAUCACCCAAACAUUCCAUGGUAAAAGUUGGAUCUACUGGAACGAGAUUCGAUGAGACUGCUGCACAGGUGGAAGGCUACGCAAGACCGCUGUGGGCGCUUGCACCGCUGCUUGCGGGUGGUAGCACGUAUCCUGGUACAGAUAAGUUCGUCGCAGGUCUUGUAGCUGGGACGGACCCCGAGAGCGAAGAGUUCUGGGGCUACAUGGAAGACCAGGAUCAGAGGAUGGUGGAGGCGUGUCCGAUCGGGUACACACUUGCCAUUGCGCACAAGGACUUUUGGGACCCUCUCACCGACAAGCAAAAGAAGAACAUCGAGGCGUGGCUGGGCAGCAUGAACGACAAGGAUAUGCCCAACACGAAUUGGCUGUGGUUCCGCGUGUUUGCGAAUCUGGGGCUUGCGGCCAACGGCGCGAAAUGGGACAAGGAGAGGCUGGAGAAGGAUAUCAAGCAGCUGAAUACGUUUUAUCGGGGUGAUGGAUGGAGUAACGAUGGGCCGGAAGGGUAUCGCCAGAUGGAUUACUAUUCUGGCAGCUUCGCGAUCCAGUAUCUGCAGCUGCUGUACGCAAAACUCGCUGCCGACACCGAUCCUGCGCAAGCAGAAGAAUACAAAUCCCGCGCACGGCAGUAUGCCCUCGAUUUUGUGCACUACUUCGACCCCGAAGGCCGUGCCAUCACGUUUGGCCGCUCCCUCACCUACCGCUGGGCCAUGGUCGCCUUCUGGGGCUCCGUCGUCUUCGCCGACGUAGAACUGCCUGAACCGCUCUCCUGGGGCGUAGUCAAGGGCAUCUGGCUCCGCAACCUGCGCUGGUGGACGACCCAAACAGACAUCUUCCAGUCCAAUGGCAUGCUUUCCAUCGGCUACUCCUACCCAAACACGUAUCUGGCAGAAAACUACAACUCCCCCGGCUCCCCUUACUGGUGCAUGCUGGCCUUUGCGCCGCUCGCGCAGCCCGAGACACAUCCCUUCUGGCAAGCAAAAGAGGAACCUCAUCCCUUUGCCAACGAGAGAGUGGUCCGCCCGCUCCCCCAUCCGAGACACAUCGUCGUCCGCUCCGGCGGCCACUCGUUCCUCCUCAGCAGCGGCCAAAGCUGCCACUACCCGCUCAAAAACACGCAAGCCAAAUACGGCCGCUUCGCCUACUCCUCCGCCUUCGCGUACUCUGUCUCGACAGGCUCGUACACGCUCGAACAGUUCGUCCCCGAAUCCUCCCUCGCGCUGAGCGACGACGGCGGCGAGAUCUGGAAGAUGCGUCGCGCGCUUAACGGUGACUCUGAGAUUGAAACUCAUGACGGUGUGCCCGUCUUGGUCAGCAGCAUGAAGCCCUGGCCCGACGUCGACGUCCUGACGUACCUCGUACCGCCCGCAGAGGACACACCCAACUGGCACAUACGCGCGCACCGCGUGCGGACCAAGCGCGACGUGCUCACGACCGAGGGCGCGUGGGCCGUCUACGGGUGUUGGUCUGAGACGGGGCGCAAUCUGAUUGCGCUCGACGGGUCGAUUAAGCUCGACGAAGCGCUCUCUGAGGGCUGCACUGCGGAUGCGACAUCCGCGUUUGCGGCGAGCAGGUCUGGUGCUGUGGGUAUUGCAGACUUGGUGCUGGAUGAGAGAAAAGGCAGUAUUAUUCUUGCGGAUGCGAAUAGCAAUCUUGUGGAAGCACGCACUGUGUUGCCGACGGUGCAGAAGGCGCUUGAGGCGGGGUCGACGACGUGGUUCGUUACCGCGGUGUAUGCGCUGCCGGCUAGCGUCGAGGGGUGGAAGGAGCAGUGGAAAGAUGGGUGGGGGAAGAAGCCGGUGGUGCCAAAAUGGUUGCAGAAUAAGGUGGAGGGCAGGUGGGAUUAG